AUGACCCUGUUCUCUGGCACUGUCCCAAAGAAUCAUCAGGCGCCGGGUUCAUCGGCAGAAGCGGUUGAUCCCAACAAGCAACGAGCUUCACGACGACCGGGCGUUUUGUCUCUCGCUUCACUCUCGAAGCGGGCGCCGCAAGUUUCGACUUCCACACCCCCCACCACUCCUCCCACCCAUGUGACGCAUACUGCUUCUCAAGCUGUCAUGCAGACUGAUCCUUCGCGGCUCUCUCAGUUUUCACUGCGCAUGAAUGAGCUCCUCAAUAAGGCAUUUGUGGCGAGUCAAUGCAACGUCUCGAGCAUCGCACAUUCAGGUACGUCGCCUUUCACGGGCACGUCUAUCAGUGUGCCACGCAUUCAGAACAUUGUAUACGGCAACAACCGCCUGCCUAACAGAGUAAAGGUGAUUGAGAUGACUCGCCUUAUCAUUGAUGAGCUGCAUAAUGCCGAGCGAGUGGAUCCUUAUCUGCUGCGCGCCGUCUCGCGAACUGUGCUCAAAACUGUCUCUCACUUUAUAUCUCGCAUCGAGUCCCAACUCGUUUCGCCGCGCACUGACCCCACGGCGCUGCAGGUGCCUGUUUCGCUGCGCGGUGCUCAGCACAUCUCCCCCGCCAUGGAGUUCAACCUGGCUCUAAUAAGUCUGGAAUGGAUUGUCGAAGAGAGCUUGGAGCGGUGCUUGGAAGGUCUGCCUCCUCUGGCGCUGCUGCAUUCUCCUAAUAUCCUAAUGCCCACUGCCGCAGAGGGUAUGGCAAAGCCACCCAUGCCGCCAUUCGUGCAUGAUAUCCUGUCACCUUUGCGUGAGCAGAUGGAAACCAGCAUCAUCCAUGUGGUACAGCCAUUGCUGGUAAGUGUCAAGUCAUCGAUCACAGAGUGCCUGAGCCGCGCGAAUCCCCGUCCGUUCCAGCCACAAAUGACACCGCCGUUGCUCAGUAAGACAGAUGGCUCAACUGAGAAGCGUCAAACAUGGCAUAAGGAGCUUGAGGAGCGCCUAGAUGCAGCUUAUCGCCUUCUUGUUCUGCGCAUCGUGGAUCGUUGUGGUCAAGAUGGUCAAGCGUGGUUCAUUUCUGUGGCUAUUCACAUUAUUUGGAAGGGUCUUCUCAUUAUCACGUCACGUUCAGUAUUUGCGCCGGCAUCGCUCGUGGAAGCUGAAUUCUCGCACGCCUUUGGUCGUGCGCCUGGAUCCAUGCCGUCGAGUAUGGUGCUGAAUGCGCUUUUGUCUGUGGAACAUUCGAAGCGUGUACCGACCCCGACGCAGCUUGCUCAUGCGUUACGCAAUGUGAGUCGACCAUCAGGUCAACGCAAGUGGCAGGGCGAAUCGGCGUCAGGCACACAAUCGCCUACUAUGACAUCUGAAGAUUUUGAGUCGUGGAGUGGUCAGUUUGCCCUGCCUGCGACCGAUGUUGACUGCUAUGUGGUGAAUCCACUUCUAGUAGCAGAGCAGCUACAAGAUUUACAUGUGUUCGAACGCCUCAUGCUUCAAUUCUGCACCAACUUUUACCCCUCUGUGUCUUACAAGCACAAGCGCAACACGUCUACGACGGAGACGUCAGCCUCGGCUGAUGUGGCUGGACGAGCUCACCCAGAAAACGGCCACUCGGACGAUGAUGGAGAAGAGGAUCUUGCACAUGAGGCGCUUCGUGAAGCGUUUGAAGCGUUGCAAAGCACGAUAACUGUGCUUCGUACGUUGCUUCAUGACCCUGAUGCCCUAAAUCAUUUGACGAACGAUACCGACUUUGAAAACCUACUUUCACCUGCAGCGAAGCAAGCGUUCCAAAUGAUUCCAUCUUUGCUGUUGAUUCAAAUUGCGUUUUGCCGAGUUCCACCUGGCUGGGUCGGGAAAGGAAGCGCCGGCUCGUCUGGUCUGCAGCUCAUGAAUGACUUGUUUUUGACACCGCCGAGCAUCAUCAAUUAUACUUGGAGUCAGUAUGAGUCUGCUCUUCCAGGCUUUAUGGCCGCAGAGGGUGCUGCCUUGUCACUUUCGGAGCGUUACGAACCGUUGGUGGCGCAAAUCCUUGCUGCCCUCGAUCAACUUGUGGAAAAGGUCGACCAGGAGCAUGCGUCGUCACUGCAAACUAAGCGUUCUAAUUCAGAGCCCCCUUCUGAUGAUUCGAACGAGGACUUACCUGCUGUCAUGACACAGUCCAUGCCAGCGCUCGAUACGGGUGCAUCAGAGUUUCAUCAGCCAGUAUCAAGUGCAAACAGCAAAUCGAGCAAGAUGCCGCCCAUCUCCACGGCUAUGAGCAGUAUGACGGUGGACGACAAGCAAACUCGUAACCACAGAGGUCAUGCACGGACCGGCUCGUCUUUUGCACCGCGCUUGUGGCGUAGGCACGCUUCGCAAGCUCCUAAAUCGGCUAUGCAGCAUGCACUGCCGCCUCGUGUGUCGCGCGCGCAUGCCACCAGCUCUAUUGGCCUUCCCCGUGGAAGAUCUCUCCACCGCACUCAUCAAGCUGGCUUGCCCCGCAGCUCGAACCUUACUCUGGCGCACAUGCAGCGUCAUGCUUUGUACACGUUCGCGAAUGUCGUUCACCGUGUCCCUGAUAUGCUCAGCGACAGCUGA